GUCAGCCACUCGGAUGCAUCUGCCAUGCCCCCCUUUUGGCUGCAUCAGGCGAAUCUGCGACGGUGCUGACGCGAGCCCCUGGGUUAUCUGAGCAGUCAUGGUGUUUUACAAUCAGGCCGGUUGCGCUCUGACUUCCUCGGACGACAGGGGGAUGAUCGACAAUCGCUACUAUAUCUUCAAGUCAAACGUGCUUGGGGAAGGGACAUUUGCCAAAGUUUACUUGGCCAUCAACGUCAAGACAGGGCUCCGGCUGGCAUGCAAGAUAUUUCCAAGGACAAGGCCGGGUGCUUCAAUCAGAACAGGAGACGCAGCUUCCUCUGCUCAGACGGAGAGCAUCCAAAAGGAGAUUUCGAUCCUGCAGGAGAUCAACCACCCCAAUAUCGUAUCGAUCCACGACUACAUCGAAGACAAGCAGGCAGCAUAUAUCUUCCUGACACGGAUGGCAGGCGGCGAGCUGUUCGACUAUAUCAUCAACCACAACGGCAUUCCCGAAUAUGAAGCGAAGUUCAUCUUUUAUCAAGCGCUCGUUGCUGUCGAGUAUCUGCACAACCGACACAUUGCCCACCGUGAUCUCAAGCCGGAAAACUUCCUGUUUGAGUCCCCCAAGCCAUUCAGCCGACUCAUCCUCACAGACUUUGGGCUGGCCAAGAUGACCAAUGACUACCUUGGCCGGAUGAAGACCAAGUGCGGAACUUUCAGCUAUUUGGCACCGGAAGUGCUCGAGGUCAAGAACACCUGCCAAGGAUACUCGGCCCGGGUGGACUGCUGGUCGCUAGGGGUUUUGCUCUUCACCAUGCUGUCGGCGACGCUGCCGUUUGGCUCUGACGAGGACCUUGCGGUGCUCAACCACCGGGUCAAGCAUGGGCUGUACUCAUUCCCGGACAAAGAUGGCUGGGACAAGAUCACAGACUCUGCCAAGGACUUGAUCCGCUCGCUCCUGCGCAGCAAUCCAGAGGACCGGCUAUCGAUCGAGCAGAUCUUUGAGCAUCCGUGGAUUGCGAGCCAACGCGACCUGCUCGCCAAACUGUACCAGAAGAUGCUGGAAAAGUGCGGCCUAUCCGUCGAAGCCGUCGAGAGCGCCGCUUCGAGCCACUCUGCUGCAGCUCCUAAACGACCAUUCGAUGAGAUGCAUGACUCCUCAGCCACCGUAUCGCCGCAUGUGCGGAAACGGCCGGUCAUCUGAGCUACCCGCUUUCCGCCACCCUGCACAUCCCCUGAAUGCUCCCGUUCGCAUCCGACAUCUCCGGCUCAUCUAGACCACUGCCAGAUGCUCCCUCUGCUCUAAGCGUUGUAUAGUGCAAUGAUCACCCUGUCGCGGUUGCACUGCAUUUUAUUUCCUAGACUUGCCCUUGGCCCCCGUCUCGUUGAAUCGCGGUGGGAGUCUUCGAGAUGUACUUUGCGAUAGCGUCGGUUGGGAAGAAGGGAUGACUGCCGCGGCUAUUGCUGCAGCACCGGCCGCCUCCGGGAUC